UGGUUGAUGAGUUACCGUGGUAGUCACUACCCAUAAUCCUAUGCGUUAUGCUGAUCCCACGGAAAUUCCGCCCCGCCCACUUCCGGUACACAGGGUGUGAGCUGCUGCCUUAUCCUCCAGGGUUACGCAAUAGUGAAGAAGACAUCCGGCGAGUGUGAGACACCGAGCAGCCAUCCCCGUGUGUCAGGAGGACUGCGCAGGACCCAGAGCCCCAUCACGGUGCCUCCACCUCACUCACUGACACAUUGACCAGAAGAUCCUGGAACUCCCUAACAAGAUCAUUAAGCUGCUGACUGGAGAGGAGGAGGAGUAUAUAGAGGAACACAGGGGUCUGUACAAGGACGUGAUGAUGGAGAAUCACCGGACCCUCACAUCUCUGGAUAAGAGGAGACUGUCAUGUAUUGUACAGGGGAGAGCAGAUGGGCCCAGUAACAGAGAUACCCCAGAGAGAUGUCCCCGUCCUCUGUAUUCCCAGGACUGUACAGAGGAGAAUCACAGGAUCCCACAGGAGGAUCAGGUAGAACGUCUGUCUAAUAUUAAAACAGAAGAUACAGAGGGAGAAGAAGAGACGUAUGUGACUGAUAUGAAGGCAGAAGAUAUAGAGGGAGAAGAAGAGACGUAUGUGACUGAUAUAAAGGAAGAAGAUAUAGAGGGAGAAGAAGAGACGUAUGUGACUGAUAUGAAGGCAGAAGAUAUAGCGGGAGAAGAAGAGACGUAUGUGACUGAUAUAAAGGCAGAAGAUAUAGAGGGAGAAGAAGAGACAUAUGUGACUGAUAUAAAGGCAGAAGAUAUAGCGGGAGAAGAAGAGACGUAUGUGACUGAUAUAAAGGCAGAAGAUAUAGAGGGAGAAGAAGAGAUGUAUGUGACUGAUAUAAAAGCAGAAGAUAUAGCGGGAGAAGAAGAGACGUAUGUGACUGAUAUAAAGGAAGAAGAUAUAGAGGGAGAAGAAGAGACGUAUGUGACUGAUAUGAAGGCAGAAGAUAUAGCGGGAGAAGAAGAGACGUAUGUGACUGAUAUGAAGGGAGAAGAAGAGACGUAUGUGAGGGGUGAUCAGCAGUGUAAGGAGGAGGAGAUCCCUACAGAUAUCAGCACAGCAGAUGGACACACAAGCAGGAAUAUCUCUGAAGGACGUCUAAUGUUAUCCCCGGAUUGUGACAUAAAAGAUAAUGACAGUAGACAGGAUUCUCCAGGAGAUAACCCCAUUACCCCAAUUAUACAUCCAGCUCUAUCAUCUGAUCCCCCUGAUCCUGGGAAAUGUUCUCCUGAUCACUCUGAUAUUGGAGCAUUUGUUACAGCUCUGAGAGUAGAUACAGUGUUUCCCUGUUCUAUAGAUGCCAAAUGUUUUACACAGAACACAAAGCUUAUUACCCAUCAGCCAGCUAAGGCAGCUGAGAGGCAAUUUCCAUGUUCUGAGUGUGGAAAAUGUUUUACAUAUAAAUCAUAUCUUGUUAGACAUCAGAGACGUCACACAGGUGAGAGGCCAUUUCCAUGUUCUGACUGUGGAAAAUGUUUUACUUGGAAAUCAUGUCUUGUUACACAUCAGCAAAGUCACACAGGUGAGAAGCCAUUUCCAUGUUCUGAGUGUGGGAAAUGUUUUGGCCGGAAAUCACAACUUGUUAAACAUCAGAGAACUCACACAGGUGAGGGGCCAUUUCCAUGUUCUGACUGUGGAAAAUGUUUUACUUGGAAAUCAUGUCUUGUUAGACAUCAGCAAAGUCACACAGGUGAGAAGCCAUUUCCAUGUUCUGAGUGUGGGAAAUGUUUUGGCCGGAAAUCACAUCUUGUUAUACAUCAGAGAACUCACACAGGUGAGAGGCUAUUUCCAUGUUCUGAGUGUGGGAAAUGUUUUGCCCGGAAAUCACAUCUUGUUAUACAUCAGAGAAGUCACACAGGGGAGAAGCCAUUUCUAUGUUCUGAGUGUGGGAAAUGUUUUGCAGUCAAACCAGAGCUUGUUAGACAUCAGAGAAGUCACACAGGUGAGAAGCCGUUUCCAUGUUCUGAGUGUGGGAAAUGUUUUGCAGUCAAACCAGAGCUUGUUAGACAUCAGAGAAGUCACACAGGUGAGAAGCCGUUUCCAUGUUCUGAGUGUGGGAAAUGUUUUGCAGACAAAUCACAUCUUGUUAUACAUCAGAGAAGUCACACAGGUGAGAAGCCAUUUUCUUGCUCUGAGUGUGAGAAAUGUUUUUCACGGAAAUCACAUCUUGUUGAUCAUCAGCGAAGUCACACAGGUGAGAAGCCAUUUCCAUGUCCUGAGUGUGGGAAAUGUUUUGCAGACAAAUUACAACUUGUUAGCCAUCAGAGAAGUCACACAGGUGAGAAGCCAUUUUCUUGCUCUGAGUGUGAGAAAUGUUUUGCCCAGAAAUCACAACUUGUUAGACAUCAGCUAAGUCACACAGGUGAGAGGCCAUUUCCAUGUUCUGAGUGUGGGAAAUGUUUUACAUAUAAAUCAGAUCUUGUUAAACAUCAGAGAAGUCACACAGGUGAGAAGCCAUAUUCUUGCUCUGAGUGUGGGAAAUGUGUUACAUACAAAUCAGAUCUUGUUAUACAUCACAGAAGUCACACAGGUGAGAAGCCAUUUCCAUGUUCUGAGUGUGGGAAAUGUUUUGGCCGGAAAUCAGAUCUUGUUAUACAUCAGAGAACUCACACAGGUGAGAGGCUAUUUCCAUGUUCUGACUGUGGGAAAUGUUUUAGACAGAAAUCACAUCUUGUUACACACCAGAGAAAUCACACAGGUGAGAAGCCAUUUUAAU